AUCAAGCCGACAUCGGACGACAGGUGUUUUUAUUUUGAAAUUUCAAAAUGGUGUUUUGUUUACUGGUUUAGUGAGAUUCAGGAGGACAAUUGCUUGCAAUUAUCCCGAAAAAGACUUUUUUCCUCCCUGUUCAACUGUCGGUAUGCCUUGUUCAAUUCCACAAAGUCUUGACGAAGUUCUGACGCCUUCACGGAAGCGAAAACGCGAUAGUAAUGACAAUUUGCGACCUCAAACAUGUUAUAACGGACUAGCCAACGAAGGAUUCACAUCAACCCCGCGGAAGAGCUUAACAUCUGUCAGCUUGCCAACAAGGCCGAUUCAGGGAGUUGGAAUCGCUGGGAUCAAUCCAUUUGUGAGUGCUGGAUCAUGUAUGGAAGUGAAGUCUAUUGCUGAAAUUGCAAAUGAGAAAUCUGAUGCUGAAAAUCCGUAUGAAGUGAUUCGAAAGCCGCCAAAGAAGAAGAAAAAGGCAGACAUUGAGGAAGUGUGUUUUGAGAAUCCUGCGCUAAAUUUGGACGGGCCUGAGAAGCGUUUUAAUCCUUUUGAGGUAAAGCGAGAACCACUAGCAUCUAGUAAUGAUAGCUGUUUUAUCAACUCAGCUCUUAAUAUAAAGUCACCUGAGAACGCAGCUGUUAACCCAUUCGAAAUAACUCGUGCUAUCGACUCCGUACCGGAGGGUAUCAAAGAAGGAAUUGAAAAUCCUGCACUCGAAGAUCCAACACCCAUAACUAUCGCACUACCGUUCACACCAACGAUUGGUUGUCGCAUUGAUUUCAGCGGUGUGCCACUAAACAGUCUUACACCGUCAAAACUGUUUGCUGAAAAAUUGGUAUUUUCACCGCCUGUCGGAGUGAAAGGUUCCGCAUACAAGAAAUCAUUUCGUCGUUCGCUUUCAGUAAUCAGCGAAGAAGCUGUUGAUAUUGGGAAGGAAUUAGAUUGUUAUCAGCUGGAACUGGAAAACAGUAUUAACGAAGCAAAAUUAAAAAAGAAAAAUCCGGAAAUGGCAUCUGUAACACCGGACAAACCCAAUGAUGCCUCAGGUUUAAUCGGGGAUCAACAAAUUUGCAACAAAUCGUCAAUUUCGAUAAACAUCACAAACGUUAACAUUUCCUUGGGAGAAAAAUCACCAGCAUCUGAAGCAACUCCACCAGUCGUCAACAUACCGUCGACUAUCGAUGACACCAGCGAUGCAGACAUAAGUUUUGAUGAUGAAAUUGACUUCAAAGAGCCUGCACCAUUUGUUCGAUGCUAUCGAAAGCCAGAACUGCCAAGAACAAAUUCAACCGAGAUCGCAAACACCAGCAACACGAGCAACGCAUCUAAAGGUAGCAACAAAUCGGAUAAGGAAAACGAUGGCAAACAUAAAAUCUCAGACAUGAUACGGAAAAGCAUCCGUCGAAUCGUUCAUCCACAUUUUGAUAGUAAAAAGGAGGAUAAAGAGCAAAAAUUAGAUGAACACCAACAACAAUCGGCUGGAACCAACAAUUUCAUGUCAUCAAUUCGUCGAAGUUUACGGCGUAAAAACCAUAAACAUGAAUCAAACAACAACAAUAAUCCUAAUUCCGAAUCUGAUAUGGAUAGCCGAAGCCGAGACAUAUCAAUUAUAGACACUGCAGAUAAACGGAAAGUAUUUAAGUUUACAGCUACGGGUGAGAACGAUAGAAAUGGUGGCAAUGUUAUAACCGAUGCGAAGUCAUUGUCAUUGCGAAAGAGUUUGAGAAAAUCAACACGAGAUAUCCGAAAUCAGGUUUUGAAGAAAGUCUUUAAUAAAAAUAUCGAAGAAUAUAAAAUGAAAGAUUGAUUAUUAUUACUCUAUGUUAAUAAUAUGUUUCUAAUGUAUGUAGGCGUAAUGUACUUUGCACUAUACAUUUCAUUUUUUUUUUAAAUUUUUGCAUCCCAUCGAUAAUUGCUUUUCCAAAGAUUUUUUUCUUUCAUGAGGCACUGUUUGUAUUGACUGAUUUUUUGG